AGAGUCUGUUUCAUGUGUUGCCAAAAGGGCGAACGAAGCAGAGCAAAUUCCGUUAUCUAUCCACACCAAAAUUCAAUCUUUUCGCAUUCUCUCAAUCCUUGAUAUCCAUCGUUUUCUCUGAAUCGAUAUCUUUGCUCUUCGAGAAAUUUCGCUUGUUUUUUUUGAUCUGGAGGUUUUUUCAAAUCGAAUUUUCUAGGGUUUUUUUGAGAAUUCAUCAGCCAUGGUUUACGAUUCGAUCGCCAACGCUUCGAUCCCGACUGCGUUUUCCAAUCCGAAGGAAAUUGGCAAGAAAAAGCGGGUGAAUAGGACUGCCAAAUUGAAGCAGUGCAAGCUUGAUGUUCGUCGUGAACAGUGGCUUUCUCAAGUGAAGAACAAGGGGUUUAAGGAAGAAAAUAAAGGCGAUGUUCGUGCAAAAAUGCCUGCUUCAGACAUGCAUGCCUCAAACGAGGGAGAUCGAUCGCUGGUGAAAUUAGUGAUUAAUCCUGGUGGUGAAGAGAACGAUGGUUUGAUGAAUCAUUACAGUGAUUGGGAGUCGCCUUCCAACAGCCCUACUAGUCAUACGAGCAGCUUGGGAAGUAACAGAUCAGUGGCUAAUUUCACCGGUAGUAGUAGCCGGAGCAGCAGCAGUAGCAGCGGUGGUUGUUAUUCAGAAAGUAUGACAGAAGAAGAUGAUGGUGACGAUGGAUGCUUGGAUGAUUGGGAAGCAAUUGCUGAUGCUUUAGCAGCCGAUGACAUUAAAAACAAUCAUAACCCUAAUCCGGACUCUACAACUGCAUCAUCAGAGCUAGAGCCUGUGGAAACAAUCAAAGAGGAUCAAGAGGAUUGCCAUGCACAAGUGAAUCAUCGAGCCUGGAGACCAGAUGAUGCUUUUCGUCCUCAAGGUCUCCCAAAUCUGAUAAAACAGAAGAGUUUCCCCAUGAAUUCAGAUCGCCAUUAUAAGAAUGUUGGAUUUGCAUUUGCUCCAUCAACAUGUCCGAUAUGCUGUGAAGAUCUUGAUUUGACAGACACAAGUUUUCUUCCUUGUCCAUGUGGGUACAGGCUGUGUCUUUUCUGCCACAAGAGGAUUCUUGAAGAUAAUGGUCGUUGUCCAGGGUGCAGGAAGCUGUAUGAACAUGCGGAACAGGGGAUUGCAGCUUUCAAACUGGGUCGUUCUCACAGCAUGAUCCCCAGGCGUUAGAAGAAGUAUGUGGUCCUUGUUUUCAUGUGUGUCUUUUAUGUUUACAUAUUAGAAGAAAAAAAAGACUGAUAUUAGUGGUAGGUAUGUCGAUAGACAGUGUUUGGGAAAUAUGAUCUUGUGAGUUUGCCUAUAGGACUUGUUGGGUGUUGGGUGUUGGGUGUUGGUAUGUGAAUACAUAAAAAGGGCAUAUAAAAAAUCGAAUACAUCAUUUCCACUGCAUUCCAAGUUGUCUUGUAGGCAACUCCAUAA